CUUUGAGGAAGAUUUACAUCUUUAUGCUUCAUUUCUGCUUCAUUCACGCUGCGGUCUGCGUUUAGGUUUGGCAACAUCUGUACCAUGGUUUACAAACAACUUGCAUUCUCUCUUCUGAUCUAUGAUGAAUCUUCUGUAUCGUUCACUUCUCAAUUCUUGUUCAGGUUUUCUCUAUUGAUUUGUUGCCUGCAUUUUUACAUAAAAUUUUUAUAUAUUUUCAUUAAGUGUAAUUUGCAUUUAGUUAUAAAUAUGAGUGAGGAGCAACGACCAUUUGUUCCGAAAACUGCGAUGGACUUUCAAAAAAUAAAACUUGAAAGAUUGAUGGCCAAUCCGACCAAGCCUAUUGUGAUUCCUGAAAUGUCCAAGGAGAAAAAGGGUUUAUCUGUUCCAGAAUUUGUUCGAAAUGUUAUGGGAUCAAGUGCUGGUGCUGGAAGCGGAGAAUUUCACGUGUAUAGGCAUUUGAGAAGAAAAGAAUAUACUCGACAGAAAGUUAUCGAUGAGAAAGCUAAAAAGGAAAAACUAGAUGAGGAAUAUCGCCAACGCCUCGAAGAGAACAAAAGAAAAAUAGACGAAAAAACUGCAAAAAGACGAGCUAAAAGGUUAAAGAAAAAGCAAAAGCUGAAGAAUAAGCUUUCAAAAAAACUUUUGAAAUCACCGAUCAAAAAUGAAAUAAAAAAUUCCUCAAGUUCUGAAGAUGAAUGUUCUGAAAAGGGUUCUGAUCCAUCUGCUGUUUGCAAUGACCCAGAAAAAAUGUCUGAGGGCAGUUCACCUUUAGCAGAUGAUAUUGUGGAUAAUGUUUCUAAUACAGAAGUUGAUGUGCUAUGAAUUGAAGUAUCUCCAAGAAGUAUUUUCUUUCAAAGUUUUGUAUCUAGAUAUUUACCUAAUGUCUUAAGUAGUAGAAUUCUAUUUUAUUUUAAUCGGUAUGGUUUUUUUGAAAAAUGCAAUAGAUUUUCAUUUAAAAACUGCUUACAGAUAAGUCAUAUUUUACAUUUUAUUAUCAACAGAAACUGCUCUUUUAGAUUCUGAAGCAUAAAAAUUGAAUUCUUAUUUAAAGCACAAUCUGAAAAACGAAGAACUUUAAAAAGGUAAUAAAAUAUCUCAAGUGUGCUAGUAAGUAGCUAUAUUAGCAUAAUACAGAUGUUUUUGCUAGUAAAAGUGUACUAGUGAAGAUAUCUUGUUAAAGUGUCAAAAGCUGUAACCAAGCAAUCCUACCUUAUAUUGAUGUUUAAACUUUCAUUUAAAAAUUUUCAUCGGCUAAGAAAUUUGCCUCUUUUACUUAAUGGUUCAAGUUGUAUGCUUCAGUUUGACAUUUUCUUGUGAAAAGUAUGGUUUAUAUUUUUUUAAUUAAAAUAAACUUAGCAAAUAACGAUAACAUUUUGGCGACUUCUUUGCUUAUUGAUUGCAUUUUAAUUUGCCUUUGUUAGUAGCCAGUAACUUUUAAAACUUUUAGAAUGUUGACUGAAGAAAUAUGUGUUAAGCAUUGUUUAUGUUCAUAUUGGUAGAGUAAUGUUACCAAUUUAAAAUGUGUUGUUAAAAAAAAUAAAUAAAUAAAAGAUGAAUUGUUAAUUAGAGGCAGUAAUUAUUUUUCUUUCAUUUCAGACAGAACUUGACUAAUUGCGUUUUUGAAUCUUCAAUGUGAUAAACUGGAGUAUUUAAGAUGGCUGGUUAUAAAAAUGCUACUCUAUUUAUUUAUCUUAAUCUGUAUGAACAUAUGUGUAACUGUACAGUUAAUUGUAUAUUAAAAAUGUUCUUAUUUUUGACAUA